CGUUGAUGGCCACUGUUUGACUCAAGAAAGUGGACAGGCUACCUGAGCUAGCUUUUGUAAUGGCGGGCUAUAUAUCCUGUCUGCUUCUGACUAGCCUGUUGACUCUUCAAUAUAUAGGAGCUAUAUCUGCAACCCAAAUGUGCACUGAGGUUACAGUCAACCUAACCUACAACUGUGAAAGCCUAGGACUUGAGGAGAUUCCUGAAAGUCUUCCAGCCACAACAAAAUUUCUUGAAUUCAGUUUUAACUUUCUCCCUGAUCUCCAAAAUUCAACCUUCGGCAGGCUCAGAGACUUGGUCUACUUAGAUUUAACCAGGUGUGAAAUUAACUGGGUACAUGAAGAUGCUUUUGAAAACAACGAAGACUUGAGCACCAUUAUACUGACUGGAAAUCCCCUGAUAUUUGUGGCAGAUACAGCUUUUGAGGGUCCUAGAGCCCUGAAGCAUCUCACCCUAACCCAAACAGGAAUGACCAGUGUUACAUUUAUUCCAAUGCAAAAUUUGGGAAACUUAGAAACUCUGCAUCUUGGUAGUAAUCACCUUUCUUCCAUCCAACUUCCCUCCACAUUUCCUGCCCAUAACCUGAAAGUCCUGGACUUUGAAUGGAAUGCCAUACAUCAUAUCACUAAGAAAGAUAUAAUAUCCUUGAGCCAGGCAUCCAACUUAAGCCUUAACUUAAAGGGCAAUAACAUUCUGGACAUUGAGAAUGGGGCAUUCCAUUCUACUGCCUUCCAGAACUUAAACUUUGGAGGGAUCUUUGAUAUUUCUAUUGUAUUAAAGGGACUACAGAAUUCUACCACUCAGACUCUUUGGCUUGGGUCCUUUCAAGAUAUAAAAAAUCUACAAAUAAGCUCAGACAUGCUGGAGGGGCUGUGUAAUAUGUCUGUGGAAGCCCUCAAUCUACAGUCCCACCAUUUCUUGAUGUCAAAUACCAUCUUUCAAUGCUUCACCAGACUUCAAGAGCUGGAUUUGACUCAAACUCACUGGAAUAGUUUACCCUCUGGCAUUGAGGGGAUGAAUCAGCUUAAGAAAUUAGUGUUGAAUCAAAACUUAUUUGACAAUUUGUGCCAAAUCAGUGCCGCCAGUUUCCCUUCCCUGACUCAUCUUUAUGUUAAAGGCAACAUACACAAGCUAGACUUUGGCACAGGCUGCUUAGAAAAACUAAAAAACCUCCUGCACCUAGAUUUAAGCAACAGCAAAGUUGCCUCAGAUAUCUGCUGUAAUGUUCAAUUGAGAAACCUAUCUCAUUUACAGCAUCUAAACUUGAGUUAUAAUGAGCCACAAACUUUACAGAGUGAGGCUUUCAGAGAAUGCCCUCAAUUGGAACUGUUGGAUUUCGCUUCUACACAUCUUCAUACUCAUGCUUCCCCAAGUCCUUUCCAAAAUCUCCAUGUCCUUCAGGUCCUGAAUCUCUCUAAUUGCCUUGUUGAUACCAGAAAUCCUCAGCUUCUGGAAGGUCUUCAAAGCCUUCGGCAUCUAGACCUGGGUGGGAAUCUCUUUCACUCUGGGAUCCUCACAAAGGACAAUCUGCUCCAUCCUGUGGACAACUUACAGGUCCUCAUUCUGUCAUCCUGUGGCCUAACAGCCCUGGAACACCAGGCUUUUGGGAACCUCGGCAAACUCAGGUACUUGGACCUGCAGCACAACAACUUGACCGGCUCAGGUUUGGAUGCCUUUAGUGAUCUCAAGGAAACUUACCUCAAUCUGGCAGCCAACAAUAUACGUAUCAUUCCAUCUAGUCUUCUACCUGUCUUUUCCCAACAAAGAAUCAUUAUUUUAAGUCAUAACCCCCUAGACUGUAGUUGCUCCAAUAUCCACUUUCUGAAUUGGUACAAGGAAAAUCUGCAUAAAAUUUCUGACCCUGAAGAGACCACAUGUGGGGAUCCCCCUGCUCUAAAUGGGGUAAAGCUAACCAAUGUAACUCUCUCCUGUGCCUUUUCAACUGUGGGAAUUUUUUUUCUGGUGCUAUUUUUUUUGAUGGGCAUUAUUUUCCUCAUUCUCUUGAUCCGACGCUAUAUAAUUAGAAAAUAUGAAAACAUUUAGGUCUGAAGGUUUCCAGCAAAGGAUGCUGCUGACCUUGACCACUUCCUGUUUCCUCUAAGCAACCUUUUGUUUUUAGCCUGUCUCCUGAGUCCAAUGAGGAUUAAAUGCUUUUUUUUUUCCUUUUUCUUUUUUCUUUGGUGGUAGUAGGCUCCUGUGCUAUAAACCACAAGGGGAACUCACAAUUCUAAGCCCAAGGGUGCUGGUGAUGAGAUGAGCCAGAUAAACACUAGUGGGAGAAUGGAGUGCUACUGGCUGGCUGCCAUCUUGCUUCCAUGCUUCUACGAACAAGACUCAGGACAUGGUUCUUUGCUUCCCUCUACUGGUUUCUUAUUGCUUCCACUUCUCUUUGAACCUAGACUCUUCAUGACUUGGGUGCAAAAAAGUACUCGGUUUCCUCCCCCUCCUCACUCCCCGCCAUCUCUCUUUCUCUCCCUACAGUAAAUAGUACACAAUACUACUCUUCCAUCUUGUAAAGGUUUUUGGGUUUUGUUUUGUUUUGUUUGCUUUAUUUUAUUAUUCAGCGCUACAGGGACAUAGCAAGGAGUAUUACAAUAUACAAAAAUAAUGGGGAAAGGAAGCAAGUUCAUAUUAACAGUAAAUCUCAGCCUAUUGAAAAUGUCCUGGAGGCAUAGAAUUCAACUUUUUUAAGGUCCUCCCUUCUUUUCUGACUAGAACUCAUUUUCUGUUUUAUCUUAAGAAUCAGCCAGCCUAGGUCUGCCUGGAUCAUAUGUUGGCUCAAAUUCAAGUCUUCUAUAUGAUAGAUUUGGAUUGGCUGUUCAAUUAUCAAUUAAUGAACAUUCAGUAAAUACCUAUUUUGUACCAGGCACACUGUGCUAAAUACUGGGAAUACAAAAGGUGACAAAAGGCAGUCCUUAGCCUCAAGAAACACAAUCUACUGAAGGAGACAACAAAUAGGUACCACAAACUAUAUAUAGGAUAAAUAGCAAAUAAGUGGAAAGGCAUUAAAAUUAAGAGGAGUUGUAAAAAAACUUCUUGUAGAAGAUAGGAUUGAAGAAAGUUAAGAAAUACAGUCUGCAGAGCAGAGGAAAAAGAGCAUCGCAGGCAUGAGAGAUAGCUAGAGAAAAUAUCCAGAGCCAAGAAGACAUGAAGUGUCUUUUUGAUAGAAAAGCCAAGAGGCCAGUGUCACUCUAAUUCCUUGGACAAGAAUUGACCUUACCUCCUUAACUGACUUUCUUAGUGAACUUAUAGUACUUCUUUCACUUCCUGGGAUUUCAAUGACUUCAAUCUCUGUCUCUUUCUGUUGACUCAUUCUUUAUGCCCCAUUGGUGGACAUGAGUCAGAUUCAAAAUUGCUAGCCCAAUUUAAUAACUAGUUGUGUCCUUUUCUUUGUCUACCUAUUAAAUUAGAUUGGCAUCUGGAUCCCUGCCCACUUAAAGGUCAUAUGACCAGGGAUCAUUGGAUAAGAUUGUCAUAUUCUCCAUCCUUAAACCUUGUCUGUAUUCAGCAUGUCCCACCAGUCUAACUUUCUCCUAUUCAGACUCAUGCCUUCCCUACUCCCUCAUUUCACUUAGCUUCACUCUUUAUUAAUAGAGAUGAGAUAACAGUCUUCUUGAGCCCAGUGAACACUGAGCAUCUUUCCCCAGUUAGACUGUUUGCUUUGCCCUUGACAUUCAGGUGCUCAGAUGGAUGUGUUAUCAGAUAUCUUCCCUUCCUCUCCCAACCCUUCCAUCCUUCCCCAAGGAAAAGAGAUUUAAUAGAAUCCAAGGAUAUAAUUUUUUAAUCUUUAAAACAUACAGAAAAUAAUGACAGAACACCUCUCUCCCCACCAAGGUCAAUAUAUCACUAGCCACUUAUAAUCCCACUCCUCUAUUGAAUCUACUCAAAGGUGACUAACAACAAAUUCAAUGCUGUGACCUUUUCUCAGAUCUCCACUUCCUUGACUUCUGUGCAGUUUUUUGACACUUAUGACCACUAUUCUCCUCCUCCUAGUUACUAUUUCUGUCCUCCCUCAGCUUCCAUGACACCAACUCCUGAUUUUCCUCUUAUCUUUUAGAGCACUCUCUGUUUUUGCUUUUUUGUUUUGUUUUUUUUUUUUGCUUUUUCAUCUUCUUCCCUUCCUCCCCUCUUCCCUGCCUAAGGUCUUAAGGAGUGAUGUCCCUUUCAGGGGUCUGUCCUUGUCCUUCUUUUCUUUCUCUUCUCUCCCUUUAGUGAUUUCAUCCACAAUCAUAGAUUUCCAUUAUCAGAUAUGUAUUGACUCCAAUAUGUGCAUCUAGGCCUAAACUCCUCCCAGUUGCCUGUUAAGCAAGGCUAACCUGCAAGGCUCACAUCAUGUGUUCAAAGUUGAACUCAUCUUUCUCUCUUCCUGAAGCUUCCUACCACUCUACCCAAACCUGCCUCUCUUCCUAACUUCACCACUCUCUCUUCCAUCCAAGCUUCAACUCUCAGACUCAUCUUUCCUCCUCUAUAACUUCAAAUCCAAUUUCCACUCAGUUUUACGUUCACUGAAUUUUUUCUGCCCCUUCCUUUCUCUCUUCUCCCAGAGCCAUCAGCUAGUUCAACAAUUCCAGAAACAUUUAUCAAGGACCCAUUAUGAUUACAACACUGUAUCAUCACUCAGCUGGAGCACAGUAAUAUUUUGCUUCUCUCCUGUCACUAACCCAACUUUCACACAGAUGCUAAAACCAUCUAUGCCCCAAAACAAAGAUCUUACUUUGUUCCUCUUCUGUUAAAAAUCCUUUCAAAUUUCUCCUUUUGGCCUCCAUGAUAAAAGAAAAAAAAAUUAGAGCAUUAGCAAAGUUGCAGGAUUUAAAAUAAACCACACAAAUCAUCAGCAUUUGUAUAUAUUACUGACAAAGCCCAUCAGCAAGAUAUAGAAAGAGAAAUUCCACUUAAAAUUACUGUAGACAAAAUAAAAUGCUUGGGGGUCUACCUGACAAGAGAAACCCAAGAACUAUAUGAACACAAUUACUAAAUGCCUCACACAAAUAAAUUCAUAUUUAAACAAUUGGAAAAAUAUAAAUUGUUCAUUACUAGGCCGAGCUAAUAUAAUAAAAAUGAUAAUUCUGCCUUAAUUGUUCUACUGUUUAGUGCUAUAUCAAUCAAAAUGCCAAAAUAUUAUUUUAUAGAACUAAAAUAAUAACAACAUUUCAUCUGGAAGAACAAAAGGUAAAGAAUAUCAAGGGAAUUAAUGGAAAAAAAUACAAAGGAUGGUGGCUUAACAAUAUCAUAUCUAAAAUUAUAUUAUAAAGCAGCAGAAAUCAAAACCAUUUGGUACUGGCUAAGAAAUAAAGUGGUGGAUCAGUGAAAGAGAUUAAAUAUACACAAUAUAAUAAUCAAGGCCUAUAGCAAUCAGUAUUUGAUAAAUCCCCAAACUACAGCUUCUGGAAUAAGAAUUCAUUAUCUGACAAAAAUUGCUGGGAAAACUGGAAAAAAAUAUAUUAGAAACUCAGUAUAGGCCUACAUCUCACAUCCCAUACCAAAAUAAAGUCAAAAUAGAUACAUGAUUUGGGCGUAAAGGAUGAUACUGUAAAUAAAUUAGGAGAAUAAGGGAUAACUUACCUAUCAGAUCUUUGGAAAAAGGAGGAAUUUAUGAUGAAAGAAGAACUAGAGAACAUCAAAAAAGGUAAAAUGGACAGCUUAGAUUACAAUAAAUUAAAAAGUAAUUUUAAUAAUUUAAUUUAAAUAAAAAUAUUUAAUAAUAAAAAUUAUAUUAAAUUAAUGUAAUUAAAAAGUUUUUGUUCAAACAAAACCAACUGGAACAAGAUUAAAGGCAAGUGCAAAGCUGAGGGAAAAUAUUUACAGCUAGUAUUUCUGAUAAAAGUCUCAUUUCUAAAAUAUAUAAAGAACUGUAUCAAAUUUAUAAGAAUACAAGUCAUUCCCCAACUAAUAAAUGGUCAAAAGAUAUGAACAAUUUUCAGAUGAUGAAAUUAAAGCCAUUUAUAGUUAUAUGAAAAAAAUGUUCUAAAUCACUAUUAAUUAAUGCAAAUUACAACUCUGAGUUACCAUCUCAUACCUCUCAGAUUGGUUUAAAUGAUAGAAAAAGGUAAUGAUAAAUGUUGGAGGGGAUGUGGGAAAACUGGGAUACUAAUGUAUUAUUGAUGAAAUUAUGACAUGAUCCAACCAUUCUGGAGAGCAAUUUGAAACUAUGCCCAAAGGGCUAUAAAACUGUCUAUAUCCCAAGAGAAUCAUAAAGGAGGAAAAAGGACCUACAUGUGCAAAAACAUUUGUAGCAGCUCUUUUUGUGGUAGCAAAGAAUUGGAAUAUGAUGAGAUGUCCAUCAAUUGGGGAAUGGAUAAAAAAGGUUGUGGUAUAUGAAGGUAAUAGCAUAUUAAUGUUUUAUAAAAAAUGAUGAACAAGCUGAUUUUAGAAAGGCUUGGAAAGAUUUACACAAACUGAUGUUGAGUGAAAUAAGCAGAACCAGGAAUGUAUUGUACACAGUUAACAGCAGGAAUGUGUGAUGGUCUACUAUGAAAGACUCGGUUCUUCUCAGUAUUUCAGUGAUUCAAAACAAUCCCAAUAGACUUGGACAGAAAAUGUCAUUUGUAUCCAGAAAAAGAACUAAGGAGACUGAAUGUAAAUCAACACAUACUAUAUUCACUUCUUUUUCUGUUUGUUUUUUUUUUUUAAUCUCUCCCAUGGUUUUUCCCUUUUGCUCUGAAUUUUCUCUCCCAACAGGAUUCAUAAAACAAUGUGUGUUAAAAGUAAAUUAAAAAAAAAGAAGAAAAAAAAAAUGAUUUGUUGGUCAUCUCUUGUAAAUUCUCUUCUCCCUGGAUUUUUACACAGUUCUUGGUCAUGGCUCUUUCUACUUGUUCUUCUCCUUUGCUAAAUUAUCAUCCAGGUCCCUCCCUCCAUAUUUGAUAAAUAUAUUCUAGGGCUCUGCCCAGUAUUUUUUGUCCCUACUAUCUCCUCUUUAAUUAUCUUAUUAGUUUCUAUGAAUUUAAUGAUCAUUUCAGUAAAAAUCAGUCUACAUAUCCAGUGGCUAUUUUUCUUCUGAUCUCCAAUCCCAAAUUUUUAACAGCCUACUGGAUAUCUCUAAUUGAAUGCCUCAAUUACUUUUCAAAUAUAAUGUGCUCCCAACAAAAUUCAUCAUUUCUUCUUCUAAAUGUUCUCUUCCUAGUUUCUUUAUUUUUGUCAGGUGUAUCAUCACUUUUCUGAUAGCCAAGGUUUAUAACCUAGGAGUUUGCUUCUACUCUUCUCUUUCACCUACCAUACAUAUCUAUCUAAUGGUUGCUAAAUAUUGUGGAUUCUACAUCCUAAAUAUUUCUGGCAUCCACCCACUUUUGUUUAGUCAUACCACUAUCAUGUCCAAUUCAGUUCCUAGUCACCUCUCAAGCUAAACUGUGGAGAAAACAUUAAAAUAAGUCUUCCUGCUUCCAA